ACUGAUAAAUAAUUAUGUAAUUGUAUAGGUUUUUUUUACUAUGUAGGGAAUCUCAAUAUUUUAGGGGAUGCUUUAUUGAUUUUCAUACAGAUUCAUUGGAAUACAGGUGGAGGCAUGAAAUUUAAUCUUUCCCUAAUCUAAUUGUGGUGCGGCAACUCUCAUCUCAUCAAAGGCCUCAGAUACCCUGUGCCUCGUGUAGGGUAGGCUGAAAAAAGGGGUUUGGCACUUUUAUAGCAAGAACAGAUUAUAGAAGAUAUUGCAGGGGCUUAUUUUCCGGACAUUUACAUUCCUAACAAUGAUAGGGUUAAGGAGAAAAUUUAAUCGGACUAUGUGGUCUAGAUAAAAGAGUCAAGGCUUAUAUGAAAACCGUCAUAAGAAGAGCCGAGAGAGAUCAAUUGUUCCAAAAGAUUGUCACAACAACUGUGACAAAGAUGUCAAACACUAAUCGGGGAUGCAAUAGGUCUGAAUUUUGAUGAUACGACAGAUAUAGCUGAAUCUACUUGUUGCAUGUGUUUUGUUAAUAAUAAAAGAUUGACAACUACAGAAAGAGCUCUUCUUCUGUGUGCUAAGAUGAAAGAGCUGCAAACAGUCCUAGUUGUAGUGUAUGAUCUUUAUGGUAGACUUGAUUUAAGUAAGAUUGGUAUCCCCUUUGGUGAAGAUCAUAAUGGUUGCAAGAUAUUGCUCACAUCUACAACUACAAGUUUGGAGAUUUUAUCCAAACAAAUGAAGGUUCAUAACUUGAUACAACUAGACAUGACAUGAUUAUCUUCCAAAUGAAGUCUAAACAUGCACAUCCUUUGGAAAACACAAUGUUGGAGAGAUUAGAGAUUGUGACAUGGAAGAUAAAAACAACCAGUUGCAGUUAUAAUAUUAUCAAUAAAAAAAUCAGGGAGAAUAUAUUGUUGCAUGCACGGUAUCGUCAUAAAAAAAAUUGUGUUGUAACUUCUUGUGCCAUUAUGUCGUUUAAGAGGGGAUUGGUUCCGCAGUCCGCGAAUAGUUUGGGGGAUAUUUAUAUUCCUAGCAUGGAUGAUAAGGUUAAAGAACAAAUUAUGAGUGCACUAAGAGUGAGAGACCAAGGAGAAAAUAUCAUUGGAUUAUGUGGGCCAGAAAAAAGAGUCAAGCAUUCUGCAAAAACAGCUAUAAGAAGAGCUGAGAGAGAUCAAUUAUUCCAAAAGAUUGUCACAGCAACUGUGACAAAGAAGCCAGACAUUACAAAGAUUCAAACACUAAUUGGUGAUGCAAUAGAUUUUGAUGAUAAGACGGAUCCAGCUGAAUCAACUUGUUGCAUGUUUUUUGGUAAUAGAAAAAGAAUGGCAACUGCAGAAAGAGCUCAUCUUUUGUGUGCUAAGAUGAAAGAGCUGCAAACAGUCCUAGUUGUACUGUAUGAUCUUCGUGGGAGACUCGAUUUAGGUGAGAUUGGUAUCCCCCCCUUUGGUGAAGAUCAUAAUGGUUGCAAGAUAUUGCUCACAUCUACAAGUUUGGAGGUUUUAUCUGAGCAAAUGAAGGUUCAUAAAUUGAUACAAUUGUGAGAGACAUGACAUGAUUCUCUUCCAACAAGAGCGUUUGUAGCAGAGAUGAUGAAAAUCAUAAGUCCAAACAUGCACAUCGUUUGGAAAACACCAUGUUGGAGAGAUUAGAGGUUGAGAAGUGCUUUUGUAGGUAUAGAUGAACUAAGAUUUUGUAUUCUGUCAAAUGCUUGUGUUUGUAUUAUAUCCGAGACAUGUAUCCAUUAUGGUAAGAUUUCCCCUGUUUCUUGCAGUAAUUUCGUCUGUGGUUCUUUAAAGGGAGGGAGGAAUUCACUUUCUUCUUUGAUAAAAUGGUUUGAACUAUGUUUGGAAUGGUUGCUUCUGUUAACAAGUCACUUUUGCUAAA